AUGACCGAGCCAGUGAAAAACGAGCUCGUCGCCGGCGGCCGCGGCGACCUGGUGGCGAUCGCCGCGCCGGCGUUGAUCGAGCGAGCCGGCCCGAAGGCCCGCAAGCGGUUCUUCGAGUUCUUCACGGCGAACAUCCGCAACCCCAACACGAGACGAGCGUAUGCGGCCGACGUCGGGCGUUUUCUCGCGUGGUGUGACGAGCGGGGACUGCUCCUCGAGGAGCUACAGCCGAUGGUCGUUGCGGCGUACAUCGAGGAGCUAACCGCGCUCCGGGCGCCGUCGACCGUGAAGCGACACCUUGCAGCCAUCCGGAUGCUCUGUGAUUGGCUCGUGGUCGGCCAGGUGCUCCAGUCCAAUCCCGCCGCGGCCGUCCGCGGCCCCAAGCACGUUGUUCGAGAAGGGAAGACACCCAUACUCUUCCCCGAUGACGUCCGCCGACUCUUCGCGUCGAUCGACACCAGUGGGCUUGUCGGCCUCCGCGAUCGAGCAAUCCUUGGCGUGAUGCUCUACUCGUUCGCGCGCGUUGGCGCCGUCGUCAAGAUGAACGUCGGCGACUACUACACGCAAGGCCGUCGGGCGUGGUUCAACCUGCACGAGAAGGGUGGGCGCUUCAAUCGAGUACCCGCACACCACACGGCAGCGGAGUACGUCGACGAAUUCCUGGCCGCAGCUCCGCACAGCGCCCCAAAGACGCCGCUGUUCACCAGUGCUGUCGGCCGAACCGGUGUGCUCACCGAGAAUCGCCUUGGCACGGGCGACGUCCUUCGUAUGGUGAAGCGUCGAUCGACGGCAGCCGGACUACCGCGAGACAUCUGCAAUCACUCCUGUCGUGGCUCGGGCAUCACCGCCUACCUCGCCAACGGCGGCGACCUCACGACCGCCGCCCGCAUCGCCGGCCACGCCUCGACCCGCACGACACAGCUCUACGACCGCACCAAGCAGGCGGUCAGCCUCGCAGAGAUUGAGCGCAUCCGCUUCUAG